AAAAAUUCUAAGAAGAAAUGAAGAUGAUGAGAAGUGUGUCAAACAACGAUCAUUUGUACACCUUCGUCUUGCUUAUUAUGUUACCUGCUUUAUCAAUCUCUACCAACACUUUGUCAGCCAAAGAAACUCUCACUAUAGCAACCAACAAAACCAUCACAUCUUCUAGUGAAAUCUUCGAGCUUGGUUUCUUCAAUCUCCCCACAAGUUCUCGUUGGUAUCUCGGGAUUUGGUACAAGAAGAUCCCUACGAGACAGUUAUGGUAUUUACCAAGGGACCUAUGUGAUGACUACAAAGAGUGUGGAAAUUACGGUUAUUGCGAUUUGAACACUUCACCGGUUUGUAACUGUAUCCAAGGCUUUGAGACGAGGAAUAACCAAGCGCAUGACUCAGGUGGUUGCGUGAGGAAGACAAGUCUGAGCUGUGAGAGUGGUAAAGAUGGGUUUGUGCGGUUGAGGAAGAUGAAACUGCCGGAUACUACUGUGACAAUUGUGGACAGAGGAAUUGGGUUGAAAGACUGUGAGGAGAGGUGUUUAAAGGAUUGUAACUGUACGGCUUUUGCGAAUAUGGAUAUUCGUUAUGGAGGAUCAGGUUGUGUGAUUUGGAAGGGAGAUAUUUUUGAUAUCCGCAACUUUCCUCAUGGAGGUCAGGAUCUCUACGUCAGAUUAGCCGCUGCUGAUCUCGUGGACAAGAAAGACAAGAACGGGAAAAUCAUAGGUUUGAGUAUUGGAGUGACCAUUUUGCUUCUUUUAUGUUUCAUCAUCUUCGGCUUUUGGAAAAAGAAGCAGAAGCGAUCAAUAACAAUUCAAACACCUAUUGAUGAUCAAGGGAGAACCGAAGAUUCGCUGAUGGACGAACUAGCAAUAACAAGCAGGCGUUACAUAUCCAGAGAAAACAAAACUGAUGAUCUAGAGCUUUCAUUAAUGGAGUUUGAAGUUGUUGCCUUGGCAACAAACAAUUUUUCUAACGCCAACAAGCUUGGAAAAGGUGGUUUCGGUAUUGUUUACAAGGGAAGGUUACUUGAUGGAAAAGAAAUUGCGGUAAAAAGACUAUCCAAAAUGUCCUUACAAGGGACCGAUGAAUUCAAAAACGAGGUUAGACUAAUUGCAAGGCUUCAGCACAUAAACCUUGUCCGACUUCUUGGUUGUUGCGUCGAUAAAGGGGAGAAGAUGUUGAUCUAUGAGUACUUGGAGAAUCUAAGCCUUGAUUCUCAUAUUUUUGACAUAACCCGACGCUCUAACUUAAAUUGGCAAAUGAGAUUUGAUAUUACCAAUGGUAUUGCUAGAGGACUUCUAUAUCUUCACCGAGAUUCACGUUUUAGGAUCAUCCACAGAGACUUGAAAGCAAGUAAUGUGUUGCUUGAUAAAAACAUGACUCCGAAGAUCUCGGAUUUUGGGAUGGCCAGGAUCUUUGGAAGAGAUGAUACAGAAGCUAAUACGAGGAGGGUGGUGGGAACUUAUGGUUACAUGUCUCCAGAAUAUGCAAUGGAUGGGAUAUUCUCGGUGAAGUCGGAUGUGUUCAGCUUUGGGGUUUUGCUCCUCGAGAUUAUAAGUGGCAGGAAAAAUAACGGAUUCUACAACUCAAACCGUGACCUUAAUCUCCUCGGCUUUGUGUGGAGGAACUGGAAGGAAGGAAAAUGGCUAGAGAUCGUAGACCCGAUCAUCAUAGAUUCUUCUUCGUCAACGUGCCAGGCACAUGAAAUGUUAAGAUGCAUACAAAUUGGUCUCUUGUGUGUUCAAGAACGUGCUGAAGACAGGCCAGUGAUGUCGUCGGUGAUGGUCAUGAUUGGAAGCGAAACUACGGCUAUUCCUGAGCCUAAACGGCCAGGUUUUUGCGUUGGGAGAAAGCCUCUUGAGAUUGAUUCGUCGUCAAGUACAAAGGGAAAUAAUGAAUGUACAGUGAACCAAAUAACACUCUCGGUCAUUGACGCUCGAUAGUUUUGAGCGGUACCCACCCAAAUAUGUUUAUAUGCAUGUUAUUUUCGAUGCAAGUCUGAAUAGCAAAGUUUUACUACAUGAUUCGAUA